CCAACACUGACGGCACAACACACGAUGCAGUGCCCCGAGCAUGGGCGCUUCUGUCGGCAUAUUCGGGACGAACUUAAAGCCAUGCUUUGCCGAAAUCCUUCGUACCUGCGUGAAACCACCAACCCUCGUUGUCCGGGUUGAACAUGUUUUCGGGAAAGCCCGCCCCCAUAGCCGCAGAAACACAGCAGACGAUCGACUUCUUAAAAAUGACCUGAAAGAGCAAGAUGCACAUACCUCUCACAUCUCCGAGAAACCCGCUCACAGUGACACUGUGCGCGACUGCCUACGUCUAGCAGUAUCAGACGGCCAGCUGCAAAUUCAAGCAGUAUUGGCAAGGCAUCUACACAAGAAAGAGCUGUUGGAACUACAAAAAGGUGAUCUUGUCGAGGUCAGCAGUUUCCAGAUCAGGAGCGCCCCCAGAUUGCACGGUGAAGGGAGGGUAGUAUUCCUCGGGGUCGACGCUUGCGAAUGGGCUGGAAGAGACCAGGUCGAUGAGCCAGAGCCCGAACUCGAAGGAGGCUUUAUCCGUGAAGAGACAGAGGAGGACACUGUUGAGAUGGACCCAACGACCCGAAAGCCCUUCACAAGAGGCGGAUUGGCGCCGCCCAGCUUCACCAAAACCUCACGAGACAUGCACGGCGCUCACAAGAGACACUGCGAUUCCUCUUGUCAAGAGGACAGUCCUCCAAAGAAGAGGCAGAUGCAGCAGCCUGCCAUGGCCAUGCGCAAAUCUACACGGGAUGGGCGCAGGUCUCAGAUCUACGAGGAUGACCCCGACGCCACAGAUGAAGACUCCUUCGAAACAAUUUCCGUAUCGCAAUCACAAGUUGAAAAGCGGAGAGAAGCACUCAAGCACAUCAACCGGAAUAUACGACCACCACGUAUGCCAGCAUUAUCCAAGCCCGACUGCUACAGUGAGGUGAAAAGCGAUGUCGGAGCAGCUCCAGGUCAACCACCGCCGUUAUUGUCGGCAGCAAACGAAUCCAACCUCAGCCGUAAUCAUACCAAGGUCGACGAGCUUGAUAUUCCGAGCUCCUUUCGUCCCAGUCCUAAUGUCGACGGCAAACCUCCAACCGGGACGACAUCACAACCCUCUUCAGUUCGUGCACCAGUGCAUACUCUCUUUUCCUUACUGGAUACCGGUUCAAGCCUCCCGCGACGCAGCUAUACAUGCACGAUCCUAGCCGUCGUAAGCUGGGUCUCACCUUCUGUCAUCCACAAACCAAACACUCCGUUUCCACCGAAGCGACACAUCAAGAUCCAUGAUCAGACCAUCUCGCACCGCCAGUCCGGCGUCACGGUAGCCGUGUUUGUGGACGCGAAAGAGUUCAUGCCCAAGGUUGGCACUGUCGCCUUACUCAGGGGCGUCGUCAUGCAGAGAUUCGGCGAUGAGGUGAUACUGAACAGAUAUGGUACGCCUGCGCAUCUCAAUGAGAGCGACUUGGGCGAACGCUCGUCGGAACAAGACUGGUUCGUCACCGACUCAAAGAGGUUGAUGGAGAUGGGCUUCGAUGUGUCUUCAGUCAGGACAUGGUGGGAAGAACGCAAACGUUCCAGGAGGAAGGAGCUCUGACGGACAACUCUAGCAAAACCAUGACGGAAGAGAACUCGUACGCGCGUCCACUUCAAACGGGAUAUAGAAUUGGGUCAAAAGACGAGAUGGCAUUGGUGCGAUGUGGCUUCUGCCCUACACUCUGAAUGCCUGUUGGGUUAUUUCGAGCAGGGCACUUCGAAAAAUACUUCACGCCUGCUCCAAACCACCAAGCUCCCCAUCCCCCCUUUGGCUCUCGAGUCUCGCACUGAUACGUGAUGCAGAGGACCUAUUGUCGCAGAGUCGCUGCUCAAUAACUGGGUUUCGCUACCACUAAGCCGGCCUUCUUCAGUCACUGGAGUCGUGCUUGUUGCACGCAGAAGUUCAUGAUGAUA